AUGGAGGACGUUGCCUCGUCCUCUACUGCCGCCCACCAUCUAUGCGUGCUAGUUCACGGACUUUGGGGAAGCCCGCAGCACAUGGGCUAUCUCGCCAAGUCUCUUCGCGAGGCCUAUUCCGAGGACCAGCUCCACAUCCUUGUCGCUGCACGGAACGCCGGAAGCUUUACCUACGAUGGCAUUGAACUAGGCGGAGAAAGAAUCACCCAAGAAAUUGAGGAAGAGCUUGAUCGAUUGGCGCGAAACGGACAAACGAUUAAGAAGCUGAGCAUUAUCGGAUAUUCCUUGGGCGGGCUCGUCUCUAGGUAUGCGAUUGGGUUGCUAUACCACAAAGGAUGGUUCGACAAGGUUGAACCUGUGAAUUUCACCACAUUUGCAACUCCGCAUCUGGGCGUGCGUACGCCGCUCGUAGGUGUAUGGAACCAUUUAUGGAAUGUCCUCGGCGCCAGGACUUUAUCCACAUCUGGAAGGCAAUUAUUCACUAUCGAUUCCUUCCGCGACACCGAACGUCCACUGCUGUCCAUAUUGGCGGACCCUGAGAGUGUGUUCAUCAAAGGCCUGAAGAGGUUCAAACGCAGGUCUCUUUACUGCAACAUUGUUAAUGACCGGUCUGCCGUCUACUACACUACCGCCAUAUCACGCAUUGACCCGUUUCAUGACCUUGCUGGCGUCAAAGUCAACUACCUCAAGGGUUAUGAGCCAGUCCUCGUGGACCCUGCCAACCCGGUCUCACCAAAGCAUGAAAAAGAAGCUCUACCAACAUUCUCCCGGCGCUUGGCUGGAGGCAGUUAUAAUGCUCUGGGCAGACUCCCUUUCAUGGUGUUUCUGUUUAUCUUUAUACCAAUCGCGUCAGUUUUAUUUCUGCUCAACUCGGGCGUUCAGUCAAUCAGGAGCCGGAAACGCAUUCGUCAAUAUGUUGAGGGCAAAGCGGGUCUUGAUCCAACCGCAUAUAGCAUCCCUCUCCUUGUGAACGAUGUGCGGCUGGAGGCCGAGGAAAUCUACGAGGGAAUGAACAAUAACCAAGAAUACUUGCCCUCGGGCAGUGAAGAAUACGCAGCGGCUCAAAGCUCUAAGCAUUCCUUCGAUCAUGAGAAAAGCGAUUCUUCUGAGACGCAGCCACUUAUCCAAGCUGAAGACCAAGGGGCAGAAGAACAAUCUAGGCUCCAGCGUUCUGACCUCGAGUUCUCAACGCUUGCAUUGACCCCUAUCCAGUUCGCUAUGAUCCAGGCUCUUGACGACGUGGGCUUUCGGAAGUAUCCUGUCUGGAUUCACAAGAAUCGGCAUAGCCACGCCGCGAUCAUUGUACGCAAUCCCAUCAAGCCAAGCUUCGAGGAAGGCAAGAUUGUGGCCAAGCACUGGCUCAGUGAAUUCGAAAUCUAG